AUGGCCAAAGCAGGCCCUAAAAUGUCAGCACUGCAAACAACUCCCAUACAGAGACAACUGAGCCCCCAGUGGAGCAGCAUGCGCGCGAAUGGCCACGACGCGCGAGCGCCUCUGUUCACGGAGCAGGCGAACGGAGGAGGCCCCCAGACGCAGAGGCUUUCUUGGACGGAGCUGGAUGGAGAGAGGCUGUCGCAGGAUCCCGACUGGCCCCCAAGCAGCUGCUGGACCGCGUCGUACAUGCGCAUGCACAACCGCUUGCUGCAACAUGCUGCGGCGAUUCAGGCAGAAGGACAGCAAGCGCAGGAGGAUGCACAGGAGCGCACUGGCAUGGAGGCGCCGACCAUUGCCAGCUCCCUGAAGUUGCUGAAGGAGGAGGUUUUCUCGCUGUGCCCUUUGCAUUUCCUGAUCUCCGGCAUCGUCAUCUCCUUCGUGCUCACGAUGCUUAGCUUCCUGGUGCCCGCAGUGCAGGGGCAACUGGUCGAUGUUGCCGUUGAUGCAGCGAGGAAGUAUGCGCAACAAGGGGGGCCGGAGUCGGUGGACAUAGGGGAGGUUCUCUUCGAGCCCAUCGUGCUGCUCUCCGUUCUCAUGUUCAGCAGCUACUUCUGCGAGAUCCUGGUUGGUAUCCUGUUUGCCAUCUGCGGACACACCACGGUGACCCGCCUGCGGAUCAAGCUGUUCAGGAAUCUGACGGAGCAGGAGAUUGCCUUCUACGACUCCCAUGUGAGCGGUGAACUCUCCAGCCGGCUCAUCAACGACUCGCAGGCCCUGUCCUCACUCACGCAGUUCACCACCCAGACAGUGCUGGGUGCUGUCGUCAAAUUCGCGGGCUCCUUGAUAGCCAUGUAUGCAACUCAUCCUCAACUGGCUCUGAUUGCCACGAUCAUCACGCCCAUCAACAUGAUCUUAGUCAGGCGCACUGGAAAGACCGUGGGCCACUAUGGCGUCGUGCAGAAUCAUGCCAUGGCAAAGGCCAAUGCGGUUGCGGUGGAGGUGUUGGGCAGCAUUCGGACAGUGCAGUCGAAUGUUGGAGAGCAGCAGGAGGCAGUGUUCUUCACAGAGCGGCUGAAUCGGUACCUUAGAAUCAUCAAGGCGACUGUGUAUCUGGAGACCGUUCUGCGCUUUACACAGUAUGGGCUUUCGAAGAUACGGAACAUUGUUGUCCUAGCGGUCGCAAUGCACCAGGUUAUCACCGGCUCGCUGACGAUAGGCGGCUAUACAGCCUUUUCCCAGUACGUGAAUUUGUACGAGGACGGUUUCAAGAAUCUGGCCGAUAUUUGGAUCAACUUCAAGCAAACCGUCACCUCAACAGGUAAGUUCAUUCAGCUGCUGCUCAGAAAACCUGAGAUACCCUUCGAGGGCGGAAUUCUGCCUGCGCUGUGUCGUGGCAGCCUGGUUCUGGAGGACGUCUCUUUUGCCUACUCCGGCCGUGCAGACCUCCAGGUGUUGACAAAGGUUCGACUUGAAGCCAAUCCUGGGGAUAUCGUUGCCUUAAUCGGUGAGAGCGGUGCGGGUAAGACAACUCUUGGCCGUCUCCUUUUGCGAUACUAUGAUCCAGGCGCCGGAUCGAUCACGUUGGACGGCUUAGACUACAGGAGCUACAACAUCCGCUGGCUCCGUUCGCAGAUCGGCUUCGUAGAGCAAGAGCCCGUUCUCUUCGACAGGAAGUUGAGCGACAACAUCGCCUACGGAAGUGCCAAAGGUGCACCUAGGGAAGAGAUCGAGGCAGCUGCUCGCCGGGCUAACGCUCACAAGUUCAUCGCGGACCUGCAAAGCGGAUACGAGACCCAUCCCGGAGAGCGCGCGGCUCGAAUAUCUGGUGGGCAAAAGCAGCGUGUCGCCAUCGCGCGAGCAAUCAUCCGAAAUCCCAAGAUGCUCGUCUUGGAUGAGGCGACCAGUGCCUUGGACAGCGAGAAUGAGCACAUUGUACAGCAAGCUCUCGAUGAGCUGAUGAGAGGCAAGACCACCUUCAUCAUUGCGCAUCGCUUGUCCACUGUAGUGCGGUCGACGAGAAUUCUCGUGUUGGACAAGGGCCACGUGGUAGAGCAGGGCACACAUGACGAGCUGGUUUCCAAUGAGCAAUCAAGGUAUGCUAGUUUCAUGAAGCAUCAGAUUGUGAGCCCGCUACUUUCGUGA